GCGCGCAGGCCGAGGGGCCCGUCCGCGCCCGGGCUUUCCCCGACGUGGCGCCGCUUCCAGCUGGGGCUAUACCUAAGGAACAGGGAAGGAGAAAGGGAUAAACCUGGGAAACGGUGCGGGCAAGCAAGGCACAGACAGCAACCCCGAGCUCCCCGACUCUGCUAAGGCUUUGGUUUCGGGGGUUUGCUUAAUUUCCAGGGGUGGGGGGUAUUUUCUUCCCUCUCAGUGCAGAGGCUGCCCAGAGCCGGGCACACCUCGGGGAAGGGGCUGGCGCCCCACGUCCCGCUUGCAUCAGCUGUUGAGCUCCCGGAGGCGGCUUUGCAGCUUGCAGCCGCGGCUCCUCGCUUUCCUCCGAUCUUGCCCCGAGGUGCCCUAACGAAAUCCCUUCCCCUCCUCUUUGCAGUGCCGCCAGGUAAGCAGCGCGGGUCAGCACCGAGACACUCUUCCCCGUGACGUGUCCCUGAGCUGGGGGCAGAAACUGCCCCGGCCGGGAACCAAGCUGGCAGCAGCAGCAAAGAAACAAAACACCGAUCGUGUCACGCUCUGCCCUUAUGCCGUUAGCUGCAGGAACAUAUGCUCAAAUAUGUAAGAGUAGUCUAGAUUUUUCUCUGCAAAUAUUUUUACCACAUCCAAAGAUAAUAUUUCAACAGAAGAAUCAAGCCCCGCAGGCUACAGACAGGGCAGCUAUAUAUAACCCGCUUGCUCACUCCGGCUCUCCGCGCAUCGCUCGGGUUAUGCAACCCCCAUCGCGGCGGUAGCCACCGGCGCGCCCUACGGGCUCCUCCCGCCCCGUCGGGGCAUUCCCCCCGGGACCUUGGUGCAGCCACUCUCCCGGAGGGACCAGCACCGGGGCUGGGACCGGGACCAGGACUGGGGCCGGGGCCGGAGCCGGGCUGGGCCCGCGGGGCGGGCGCGUCGCCUCGCCCCGCGCCGAUGCGGAGGAAGGGCCCGGGGAACGCCGCAGCGCUCCGAGGGGCCGGUGCCGGGCGUCGCCGCCGCCGCCGAGCAAGCAGGGAAGGGAGCGCUGGAGGAGCGCCGCGGCAGCCGCAGCGCGCCCGCCCGCCCCCGCUGCCGCCCGCAGAAGAUGCACUUCAGCACUGUCACCAGGGACAUGGAAGCUAUCUCCAGCCCCUGGCUCACCCAGCUGUCCCAUUUUUGCGAUGUUGCAGCUUUCACGGCCAACAGCCUGAGCAGCCUGAACGCCUCCGGGGGGUACCACCUCUCCCCCUCCCCGGGGGACCCGUACGGACAGCAUGAGCCGCCGCACUACGAGCCCUGCACGGCUCAGCAGCACCCGCACCCGCCGCCCCAGCCCCAGCACGGCUAUCCCUUCGGCGGGGCGGCGGCGGCGGCCGGAGCCAACCCGCCGCCCCCAGGCCCCGAGCCGCCCGAGGGCGCCGGGGGAGCCGCCGCGGGGCCGGCCACCGUCUCGGGCUGCUCCGCGGGGGCGGCCGUCGCGGCCAAGGCGCCGGUGAAGAAGAACCCGAAGGUGGCCAACGUCAGCGUCCAGCUGGAGAUGAAGGCGCUGUGGGACGAGUUCAACCAGCUGGGCACCGAGAUGAUCGUCACCAAGGCCGGCAGGCGCAUGUUCCCCACCUUCCAGGUGAAGAUAUUCGGGAUGGACCCUAUGGCUGACUACAUGCUCCUCAUGGAUUUUGUCCCUGUGGAUGACAAGCGAUACCGGUACGCCUUCCACAGCUCCUCCUGGCUGGUGGCCGGCAAAGCCGACCCCGCCACCCCCGGGAGGGUGCAUUACCACCCGGACUCCCCGGCAAAAGGGGCGCAGUGGAUGAAGCAGAUCGUUUCCUUCGAUAAACUCAAACUGACCAACAAUUUGCUGGAUGACAACGGGCACAUCAUUUUGAACUCCAUGCACAGAUACCAGCCGCGUUUUCACGUGGUCUACGUGGACCCCCGGAAAGACAGCGAGAAAUACGCAGAGGAGAACUUCAAAACCUUCGUCUUCGAGGAGACGCGCUUCACGGCCGUGACUGCCUACCAGAACCACCGGAUCACACAGCUGAAGAUCGCUAGCAACCCAUUUGCCAAGGGAUUCAGAGACUGUGACCCUGAGGACUGGCCCAGGAAUCACAGGCCAGGGGCCCUUCCUCUCAUGAGUGCUUUUGCCAGAUCCCGGAAUCCAGUCUCUUCUCCAGCCCAUCAGAAUGGGACAGAGAAAGAUGCUGCCGAGAGCCGGCGGGAGUUCGAGCGGGAGGCGGCCGCCGGGACGGCGCUGCACGCCGAGGCCGCGCACCAGCAGCUCAUGUCGCGCGUGCUCAGCCCCGCGCUGCCGGGCGGCGCCGGCGGGCUGGUGCCGUUGGGCGGCGCGGGGGGCGGCCGGCCCAGCCCGCCCCACCACGAACUGCGCCUGGAGCCCACCGCCUCAGAGCCGCUCCACCACCACCCCUACAAGUACCCGCCGGCGGCGGCCGCCGCCUACGACCACUACCUGGGGGCGAAGAGCCGGCCCGCCCCCUACCCCCUCCCCAGCAUCCGCGGGCACAGCUACCACCACCACCAUCACCACCACCACCACCACAUGAACGCGGCAGCGGCGGCGGCAGCCGCCAACAUGUACUCGUCGGCCGGCGCGCCCGCCAACUACGACUACGGGCCCAGAUAACGGCACCGCCCGCGCCCCAGCACCGUCCUCCCCCCUUCCCGCCUUUCCCUCUCCUCCCGCCUUACGAGUGAGCUGAUAGGCCAGCUUGACCUGAUCGACAACUGUAGAGCCCAAUCGCAGGAAGCCGGGGUCCUCGCCCCGCUCCCCCACCCCGUUGGCGGGCCGUGAGGGAGGGCAGUGGCGGCGUGUGGUGAGGGCCCGGGACGUGACGGGUGCGCCCUGUCGCGGUGUGGCCUGCAGCUGCACUUUGAUAAAUGAAGCCAUAUGUCGUUAUCUCCCUUCUCCCUAACCUUCUUGCGGAUGCCCCACGGGUGCGCCGGGCGCGGAGGACCGUAGGGCCGCUGGGAAGCGGCGGGAGGACGGGGAAGCGGCAGCGGUGAGGUAAAUUGCCCCCUUCUCGCUCGCCCGCCGGGUCUCCUGAUGGAGAUUUGCCGUUGCCACCGUUUUUGGCCGUGCCACGGGUGUUUCCCACCCCAGCGGGAUGUGUAGCGUUAGCAGCGAGCAGGGGGGUCUGCGGGGCCAGUUGUGAGUACCGACGGGCACCAGCCCCCGGCGACAGGGAUGGAGUGUAAUUAAUUCUGCACGUGUCGAUGCUAAGGAGACGCUUGGCCUCGUCCGCAGUUGGCUCAGGUGGUUCUUCGAGGAGACUGAGAGGAAGCAGAGUUUAGCUUAAGGGAACACUUUGAGUCUUCACUGUCAGAACAAACUGUCCACUUCUCCUUUGGUCCUGACCCCCUCGUGAGUUUUGGGGUUCACUGGGGCAGCUUAACCACAACAGCAUUUUCUGGAGCUGUUGAGGAGAGCCCAUGGCCAAGAGCGCAGCCAUCUACAGCUUCACAGCAACGGAUGCUAAGGUUUAAAAACCAGCCUGGGGGUGGGGUGAAUACCUGCAGAGUUUAGGCUGUGUAUUCUCAGCAAUAGUUUGUAAAUCGGCUGCUUCACAGGCAGCCUCACACUACUGCCUUCCUACGUCCUUUCCUGAGCUCUUGAAGCUCACCUGUUGAGAGGUGCCUAUUAGAGGAACUUCAGGGUUUUUUCCCCGAGAAUGUCUCACCCCUUGUAUUUGGCUGACCCAAACUGCAGUAGUCCCAAAGCACCUAUUCUGCAUCUACCUGCUUGCUGCAUCUUCCCUCUUAAUGCUGGUAAGUACUUUCUUCUUCUUUUUUUUUUUCUUUUUUUUUUCCUUUAAUAUCUGACUUCAGUAGUCUUUCCUUAUUGUUGAAAAGAUGGGCCUGUUCAUCACGGUUUCUCCAGUGAUUUUUUUUUUUUUUAAUGGUUGGCUUGUGUUUUUUUGUCAGAUGCUCACUGAAAGGCAGUCCCUUUGUGUUCAGAGAAGGUAUUGAGCAGCUCUUCAGCUGUGUUGGUAUACAGUAUUAUGAACACUCUUCUGAUUUUUCCACGUGACUCUAUGAAAGGAAGAGGGUGGUUGUUUUUUCGUGGUUUUUUUUUCCAAGUCCUCUAUUCAUCCAUGUUUGUGUAUUUUCACUACAAACCUUUUAAAACAUGAUCUUUCCCUUGUGCAGGUGGCAGUGUUAAUAGCAAUGUUUAUUCUGUCUCUGGCGGUGGGCUUUGGGCUUCCAAAACUUUUUGGAAGGGUUUAUGAAGGGAUACAGGCUAACAUGAAUAUUUUAUGUAAUUUUUUUUUCUGUUAUAAAAAUAUAUAUAUAUAUGGAUCCAUGAAAAAACUUGCGCAAGAAAUACGUAUUUUAUUUGACAUUUGCAGUGAAUUGUGAGAUUCUUAGUGUCUGACUAUACCAUAAUUAAUGUUCUCAGAAAGGUUGAUGUGAAAUAGCCUUGUGCUUGUUAUUAGUGGGAAAUGGCUCUCAGACGUGCUCUGUUGCUUUGCUGCUGUUCUUUCAGAGUUUUCAGUAUGACUUGUUAUCUGUAAACUGAUUAGUGCCAAAGCUUUGGUCAAACGUUUAAUGAAGUUAUUAUAUUUAUUAUUUCUUGCAAAGA